UUUUAUUUUGUUAAAAUGUCUGAAUGAGUGUUUUCCAGCUCGUGCUCUCACCUGUGGGAACACAUGGUCUCCCAUCAGGCACCUGGAGAUCACACUGAGAGACACGCGCCCAACAACAUGGAGCAACUUGCUUUCAAAUACAUGGACAUGUGCAAAGUGGAGUCCAGCACUGACACUGACUCAGAAAUCAGUCCCAGAUGGUCGGACACCAGCACCAUGGGAUGUGUGAGCAGUGCACCGGAGAGUGGGACAUUGCGUCGGACACUGAAGCCUGCUGCAAGACAUGGCUGCUCUUCUUUGUUUUUGGACCCGUAUGACGGCAGCUCUGAGGAUUCAGAUGAGUCACACUUCGAUGUUGGUGUCUCCAGGCGAACACGGCAGCAGGGAGGAGGAGGAGGUGGGCGUCGGUUCUUGGGCCGCAGCAGGAGAUUUAUCCUUCACCACCCUGCUCCUGUUGCCCUCAGAGAUGUGAUGAAAGAUGGGACGAGAGAUCCCGUGGACGUCCAGAUGAAAUGUGGGAGUGACUCUGAGCUGUGGGUCUAUGAGCUCGACACUCUGCCCUCCCACGGCGACAAGGACGUCUGUGGAAAUCUUGCAGCAAACGAUUUCACAGCAUGCGCCCAAACCAUGGAUAUCGAGUUGCAACUUCAUGAUUCAGGCCUGCUUGCUUCGAGAUCCUCAACUCCUCACACACCAGGACCCCUCACCCCAGCGGGAGGGGGCUCAUCCUGGAUGCUGGACAGCUCCUCGGAGAGAUCUCCCAGCCCCUGUGACCUCAGAUCUCUUUACAAGAGAAAGCUCGGCCCCCCUGGAGCUGAAGUGGCACAAAGGAAGAGGCAGUGUGUCGUCAACAUGGAGGAGGAAGAGGCGGGGGACUCUGCAUCCGAACCAUGUUAGACCCCUCUGAUGACGGACUGACAGAAUGAUGUUCUUGUUAUAUUAAACACUUUAAAAUGAGGUGUAUGGUGGAAUGACAUUAUGUAAAUAGUUCAUUUAAAAUGCAUUUGGAGUUCUACCUUGAGUAAUUGCAAAAUUACUCAGGCGAUAAGUCUCUUUUUGAACACGUUUUUGUUUGGUUAGGAGGAAUUACCAUAGUGACCUGAUCCUAAUGACAGACCCGACAUACAUGACGCACCCUGUCAAUGAAGACACAUUCAGUAUGAGCCCCUCCUGAUUUGGAGGACAUUCAGCAAUAACAGCUCCUCCGAAAUGUUGUCAAAGAUGUGCUCAAAAACCUGGAUAAGCAUUUCUGACAACUUCAUUCUGAGAGGGAAGCUGAACUAAAUGAGAACGCAUCACAUUCACAAAUUGUUUUAACACCAUUUCUGUCAUUUUGGCUG